AUGGGAGCUAUUGGGAGGUCCCAUUCGACUGCCCGUGAGUGUCGCACCCGCAGGUAUCCUCCGGCAUGGAAUGAUUACACAGAACACUUAUCCAAGUAUCUAGGUUAUCAUAGCUCCAUCUCGCAGCUUUAUGCCUCUGAUAUUCGGUGUGCAAACGAACAAGAUCACGUCCGUUCCGUUCACGAGCUUCUGGGUGAGACGGGGGUCUUGAAGAUCAAACUCGGUUUCGAAGACGAUGAAAGUAAAUAUAUGCAACAACUGAUCCUGAGCCUACACAAGCACCACGGCCACGGCUUGCCCAUUACCCAUUCUGCGUCCCGAGGCUGGUUCUGGGACGUCCGACCUCUUCCCGGACAGAAUCAACAAGCAGCUUCGAAGCCGGCUCGCUCGGAAACUGCCAGAGACUUCCCCUGGCACACAGACUGCAGCUAUGAGCACCUUCCACCGCGGUUCUUCGCUUUGCAGGUACUACAGCCAGAUCGUUGCGGCGGAGGAACGUUGUCGAUCCUCGAUGCCGAUAAAAUUGCAGGUCUAUUGUCUCCAGCAACAAGAAGAUCUCUCUCCAGACCCGAAUAUCGCAUAACCGUCCCGGCAGAAUUCAUCAAGAGUGACGAGAGACAUAUUACUGCGCCUCUUCUCAGCAAGGAUAGCGGCAGCGGUGCAGCUGAGCUACGUUUUCGCGAAGAGAUCCUCGAGCCCUUGACCAACGGCGCGAAAUUGGCGUUGCAAGAGUUUGGAGAGAGCCUUCAGAGCCCCAACGCGAAGGCUGCGACACUACACCUGACGCCCGAAUUGCUUCCUCGAGGGUCGAUUAUUCUCAUUAACAAUAGACGUUGGCUUCAUGCGAGGAGUGAGGUGAAAGACCCACGUCGCCACCUGCGCCGAGUGCGAUGGGACGCCAGGCCGUUUGCUGCUGAAGAGGCAUUGGGCCUAUGA